AGCCUGAAAUAAAAAUGGGUAAGAAGUAUAAAACAAAGUCGGUGGCAAACCAAAAGAAGAAGGCUGUCCCGAAGGAAGCCCCUGAGACUGCAAAGACUAAGGAAUUGGAAGUCGUCGAUACAACAUCCACUGGACCGAAGGAUACAGCUUCUAUUGUCCUUCCUUCUACGGAGGUGGACAAUAAGCACUUGGAGCAAGUGGCGGCCAUUGCUAUAAUGCCGCUACGCUUGGACCAGCAAAUUCAGGGUAUCAAGGCCAUCCAGAAGCAGCUUUUGGAUCUUCACCUGCAGCAGGUGAUGAAGCUCGACGAGUGCACCAAUCUACUACAGGAACUGAAUGCCCUAAAGCCGCGCAAUGAUGUGGAGUUGAAGUUGGUUCUUGAUACUUUUGUCCAGGUCAAGGACAAGCUAUCAGAUGUAUUUGGGCACUUUCUGCCUGCUCAGUUGGAUAUUUUAAAGCAGGUGCUGGGAAAUACCAAGGAAACUAAGACAAACUAAAUUGUUAUUCAUAACAAUAAAGGAAAAUGCCAUAACCAUA